GAAGGCCUCUAGAAAAAUUGAUAUACAAUUCAAGAGCCGGUAAUAAUCAACAGUUACAUCUGAAAAAAAUACAGUAAAAUUCAAAAUAAGAUUCUUUUCAUAUGAAAAAUCACCCGAGUACAAUUUACUCAAAUACAACCCAGCCCUAAGUAAUCCUAGCAACCGCUCCAAUCAAUCAAUCGAUUCUCAUAACCCUAACAACUGCCAUUGUCGAAUCAAAUCAAACAAAACAACAUGAACCCGAAACAAAUCUUGGAAAAAUUCAUAAAACCUCUACCAAAACCGUUCAACUCGAUCCUGAAAAAUGCCGACAAAUUGGACCACUUCAAAGGCCUGGACCUGGACAAACCCGAGACCUUCACCCCUAUGGAAAUGGAGCUGCGCAUCCAGGCCGAUCAAGUAAUGUUUUCCCUUAACAAAGCCGUUUCGGUUUUGAGUAUUUUAGCUCAAUUGCCUCAAUUGCUAGACAGCGGUAUUUUAACCGAACAUUUUACACAUCAAGAAAUGUCUUAUGUUUAUUACGUACUUAGACGAUACGAGACAAAAGAGGAAAGGGUUUCGGAUGAAGACACUUUUCUAACUUAUGGAGGUUUAUACGAAAUUGUAAAUAAAAUAAAACUGAAAAGUUAUUUUCAAGAAACCGUCGUUGAUGCCAAUUUAUCGCAAAUUGUGCACAUGAUUUUUAAUAACAGGUGCAUUAGGGAUGCUAUUAAAAAAAUCCCCAAACCAAAAACAAUCCCAUAUGUUAUGCAGUUUAUAAAAGAUUUCCAAGAGCUUAAAGACAUGGCUCAGAUAAAGCUUUAUAUUACAGGCACUGAAGAAGAAAAAAGAGAUAAGCAACUAAGACAAGCAUUCAAAUCCAAUAUAAUGCUUAAAGCCGCAAUCAAAGACCUUGAACAUCAGUUGGAGCAUCAACGCGACCAAUUGGGAACCGAAUUGCACAAAAAAGUCGACAUUUUCGACAAUUACAACGACAAAAUAGCCAACAUAAAAGAAGAGUUUCAAAUCAGCAUCGAAAAAAACAUCCACGAUUCGGAAAAAAGAAUGAUGCAACAAUGCAUGGAAAGCGAAGCCAAACAAGCUCAACUUGCUUUGGAAGCUGACAGCAUCACCAAAGCCCACGCCGCCCUUUUGGAACAACAUUUAGCCAGCGAAAAAUUGCUCAGAGCCAGAACCGGAAAAACCCAAGCCCUACUACACAACUGGAUCAUCAAAUACGACCAAGACGCUGGCGACAAAAACACCGAAUACGAAGACUUAAAAAAACAAUACGACCAAGAAAAAGAAACAAUGGACGAUUUGGAUGACAAAUUGGACGAACAAGAGAAGAUUUAUAUUACUUUGAUGGCGGAAAAAGCCGAAGAAGAAGAAAGGAUUUAUCAUGAAAUUUACUUUAAAAUACUCACCAAUAGAUCGGCCAGGAUUAUACAGAGGGCCUGGAGAGCGUAUCGGGAAAGGAGAAAGUCGAGGCGUAGAGGCAAAAAGGGCAAAAAGGAUUUCAGGCCUAAAUUGGUUUAUACUAAAAAGGAUGAUCCUAAUGCUUUGCUGGAAGGCAAAUUUAAGGGGGAUAUAUUUGAUUAAUAAUAAUGUUUAUUUUAUAGUGUUAAUAAACAUUGAUGAUGCAAUAUGAAAGGCUUGUUUGUUUAUUUAAUUUUCUUUCUUUAUUUUUUCUUCUUAUCGUUUCAAUUUUUGUUUAU